GAAGAAUCACUCCGCUAAAAUGUUUUGACCGGUUUUAGACGCCGUCUCUAAUAAGACAAUGAGGUGAGACAGUAUUAUCUCUUUAUCUAUAAGUAAAGGAAGUCAUUCUCAAUCCCACCAUGCAUAUCUAUGUAUGUGCCAGAAACAUGGCAGCGCCGUUAGCCUGGAUGUAAUCUGAAAAUUGCUCAGCAUGGAGGGUUUCCCAUUCCCUGUAGCUGAGGAAAGUUCAGGAAAAGAGCAGGGAGCCACCGGAGGGAAGAAAGAGAAACCUUGCAGAGCAUGUUUAGACUUUAAAUCGUGGAUGAAAUCGCAGAAGAAACAGUCGACUUCCUUCACAGCACAGGAGACACUGGUAGCUGAAGAAAAUGAAAAACCUGUGGAGUGUCCCUUAGACAGAGAGGAACUUGGGAGAACUUCUUGGUCUUUUCUGCACACUAUGGCAGCAUAUUACCCAGAUACACCCUCCAAAACACAACAGCAAGAAAUGACUCAGUUUAUCAACCUGUUUUCAAAAUUCUUUCCAUGUGAUGAAUGUGCUGAGGACCUCAGAUCCAGACUGAAAACAAACCAGCCAGACACCAGCAACCGUCACAAUCUAUCACAGUGGCUUUGUCAUCUCCAUAAUGGCAUCAAUGUCCGGUUAGGAAAGCCAGAGUUCGACUGCAGCAAAGUGGAGGAGAGGUGGAGAGAUGGCUGGAAAGAUGGCUCUUGUGAUUGACAAGCUUGUCUCUAACUUUUGACCUUUCUGCCUUUUGUUGUAAUAAAUAUGAUUUAAUGUG